AAUUAAACAACAAUUAUUAUAAUUAACAACGAAUCGCUUACUUGGUGAAUUAAUUGCAUGCUAUUUUUAUUAAUUUAAUUAAUUGGAAUUUAGUUUUAUUUGUGUUGCGACUUUAACAUUGGAUUUUGUCCCAAAGCAGCUUUACAGAGUUGUGUUACAGAGUUGUGUUACAGAGUUGUGUUACAGAGUGUACAGUUUUUUAAAUUGUAAAUGUAAUGAAUAAUCCAGUGGCGAAUAUGGGAAAGAAAAAAACCCUCAGAUGGCACGAGGAAGAAACCAGACUCAAAGAGACCCUCAUCCUCAUCUGGGUGCACAGAGUGUCCUGAAGACAGUCCAAAUCAACCCCCAAAACUCUUCAGUUGCUCAGGAACUUGGAUUUUCACGUUGUAGAUGUAAAACCAUCUCCAGCUGCACCAGUUGAAGAGAAACUUCCAGAGGCUGGGAGGCUCCGCCCCCUCUGUCUCUACCUCUAACUGGAAAGUUUUAAAAAGCUGAGAGCAUGCAGAAGGAGGAGUUGGUGGAGGAGAAGAAAUGAUCCAGAUUUAAAGACAAUCAGCAGAAAGGGGAAAAUUAGGAACAUGAUGAGGAACAUGAUGAUGAUGAUGAUGAGGAUGGUGAGCUCUGAGAGCUGGAGAGAUCAGCUCCAACCUGGCAGCUCAGAAAUUGACUGGUGUGAAGGGAAUUAUCUCAUCCACCCCAACAUCGCUGAGUUCUACAACACGAUCAGUAACGUGCUGUUCUUCGUCCUGCCUCCUCUCCUGAUGCACCUGUUCCGCCAGUACGCUGUGUGUUAUAACCGUGGGAUUUAUGUCAUAUGGUUCCUGCUCAUGGUCGUUGGCAUGAGCUCGGCGUAUUUUCACGCUACGCUCAGUUUCCUGGGCCAGAUGUUGGACGAGCUUUCCAUCCUCUGGGUGCUAAUGUGCGCUUUAGCCAUGUGGUUCCCCAAACGGUUCCUGCCCAGAAUGUUCCGGAGAGACAGGUGUCGUUUCAAGCUGCUGGUGGUUCUGCUUUCUCUCGUCUUCACCUGUUUGGCCUUCAUGAAGCCUGUGAUGAACUCUGUGUGUCUCAUGACUCUGGGGUUCCCCUGUACGGUUCUCCUCAUCACUGAACUGCAGAGGUGUGAGAACCAGCGUGUGAUUACGCUGGGUUUCAUCUCAGCCAUGUGGUGGUCUCUCGCUCUACUGUGCUGGAUCAGUGACAAGAUCUUCUGUGAUAUCUGGUCCAACAUGAACUUCCCCUACUUACACAGUGUUUGGCACAUUCUCAUCUGCGUGGCCUCCUACCUGUGCUGUGUGUGUUUCGCAUAUUUCGACGCUGAAAGCGAGGUUCCUGAGAGAGAACCGGUGCUUCGGUUCUGGCCCAGUGAGCGCUGGGCUUUCAUCGGGGUUCCUUACGUCACUCUACUGAACACACAUCGAAAAUCCUGCCACAAAACAUCCUAAAGUCUUAAGAAGAGCGUUUACACUGAGGAGGGUGAAGGUGACGCAGUGAGGAGGAACGCAGAGAUAAAAAACCAUGAGUAGAAGAUUGAGUAAGCAGCCUACCUCAUACCCCAGGAUCUCCUCCCAAUCCUGACGGAAUAACAGAUACAUAUUUAAUAAUUCUGUUCAUAUUUAAAUGUUUUACAUUUUAUCAAUCACUUUUAUUUCCAGAUUUUUUUUUUCUUUGAAACAAAUGACUUAGUUUUUAAUUUUUUAGGUCUAAUUUGUAAAAUCUUAUAUAAAGAGAUGAUUAUUUUUAUUAAUAUUUUUUAAACAGUUUUUUGUGAAUUAAAUUAACAGCAUAAAGACUAAUGUUCAAUUGAUAUCUAUUAUAUUCAUUCAAGCACUAUUUCUGAAGUCAAAUCAGGAAUAUUUGACAAUUUAGACAUUUUUGUCCUAACAAGAACUUCAUGCUCAAAUUUUAAUUAUAUUAAAAACUUCUUGAAGGACUUCCACAGCUGUGCACCAGAGAUCUUUAUAUUGUAUAUAUCUAUAUCUACAAAAUUGCAGUUCCAGAUGUGCAAUCCAGUGAUUUGUAGUUUUGUAUUAAGGUACAUAAACAAUGUAUUACUGCAGCCUGGUUACUAAAAUGUACAGGUUUCUCCACGUCAGGAAAAUAUUACUAUUAAUAUGCUUUUACUUGAACUUUUGAUGGUUUGUAAAUUACAAUAAAAUUAGAAAAAGAUGCAACAUGA